CUCUAUGUGGGCUACACCCACGUGUCUGAUCACAAACACUACUGGAGCGACGUCCUUGCUGGCCUCCUGCAUGGGGCGCUGGUGGCUGGCCUCACUGUCCACUACAUCUCAGACUUCUUCAAAGCCCGAUCCCCACAGCACUGCCUGAAGGAGGAGGAGCUGGAAUGGAAGCCCAGCCUGUCACUGACAGUGGCCCUGGGCGAGGCUGACCACAGCCAAUAUGGAUACCCGCACUCCUCCUCCUGA